AUGAAUAAUAUUAAUUUAGAUAAACUAGCGUAGAUGAACUCUACCAUUGGAGGAUUUUAAGAUAUUAAAAAAAUACUUAAGUAAAAGUAGAAAUAAUCAUAAUAAGAAGGGGUUUAAAAGUUACAUGAAGGCAAAAUUGAAUAAUUUUUAAAUUAAACUAUUGACUAAACACCCAAAAUUAAGCCCAAAAAAUAAAUGAAUAUGACAAUUGAUUUAGAUUUGAUAAAUAAGAAUGAUCUUAUAAUUUCAGAUACACCAAAAUAUAAACCAUAAAUUGUAAGUUUUAAGGAAGGAGAUGAUCAUUCUAAAUUUGGAUGUACCACAAGAAGCAACUUCAAACAAACUUUUGAAAAUUUAAAACAAAACUAAAGACAGUCAUAGCAUUCAAAAUAAUCUUUGUCACUGUAAAUUCACUCUUAAAAUAAAUUUUUUACUCCGUCUACUCCAAAAGAAAUGCAAACAGAUUUUAAAAAAAGUAAGGGUACUUCUCAUUCUAGAUUUGGUAAUAUGAGUUUUGGGGGUGAUAUUUUUUCCCCUACUGUGCCUUAAGGCUAAGGAUAGUUCACUCCUUUUAAAGACAUUAUUUAAAAGAAUCCUUAGAAUAUUUUAGAUAAAUUUUUUAACUAAAAUCUAAGCAGCCAAGAGAAAAUAAAGCAAAAAUUAAUACACAAUAGUGAAUAAAUGAACUUGAUCAAAGAUUAGCUUGAAAUCCAAAGGAUUAGUAGCUUUGAAAAUUACAUCAGCAUCAAAAAAUAUUCUGACAGCUUAAUAAAUAAAUCAGCAACUUAAAAAAAAUUACCUUAAUAAAAUAAUUAUAGUAGAUUAAAUAAAUUUCCUUUUAACAGUUAAUAAAUGCCCCUAAUAAUAAAUCCUGCGAUAUUCAAUUAGUAGCUUCAAAAUAAUCAGUAACUUGGAGGUAAUUCUCAGUUCUCAAAUACUGAAAUAGAAGAACAAGGUGAUUCAAAUCAAAAUUAAUAGAUAGAACUGUAGUUCCAUUGGGAAAAGGUAGUUAAUUAUAGCUCUUAGCUAAAGCCUGAGUUCAGAGAGGGAGCUUCUUUACUAGAAUAUAACCAAAAUCUAUAUUUAUUUGGAGGAUUUGGUUUUUAGUUAUUUAACUCCCUUUACCAGUUCAGUCUAAAGGAUUAUGAGUGGAAAAAGACAGAAACAAACGGAUUUUAUGGUAACCAAAGUGGGCGUUUUGGACAUUCUGCUAAUUUAUAUAAAAACUAAAUGGUUAUAUUUGGCGGUGCUUCAGAGUACAGCUCAAAAUUGAAAAAUAGAGCUGUUAUGAAUGAUGUAUGGAUGCUAAAUUUAGAUAACCAUGAGUGGAAGCAGAUUAGAACAAUAGGGGAUUAUGUAGAGCCUAGAAGAAAUCAUGCAACUUGUAUAGUUGGAAAUCACUUUUAUGCACAUGGUGGAGUAGGAAAUUAUGAAAAAUAUUUAAAUUAAUUGAAUGUGCUUUCAUUAGAUAAAGGGAGAUGGAAAUCUUUCUAAUUCAAAUUUGAUGAGUAGGGAAUAGCUUUCCACUAAAUGGUGCCAAUAUUUUAAAAGAGCUUGAAAUUUAUUUCAAGAAAAGCAGAAAAAAUGGGCAAAAUGGUGAGUUCUAAAAAUAAAUUCAAAGUGAAGGAAGAAGGAAUUUAUUGCUUCGGAGGUAAAUAAGGCAACUAAAAAAUAAGAGGCAAACUUAUUAUAUUAAAAUUAGACUAAAAGGAAUAACCUGUUGACUGGAUAAUACCUGAGACCUCUGGAUAAAGUCCUCAUCCAAGAUUUCAUCAUAGCAUGAUCUUUAACUAUUAUGUAAAGGGAAUUGUUUUAUUUGGAGGAGUCAAUGAUGAAGCUAAUAUGCCAGAAUAUGCAUUUUAAGAUGUGUGGAUACUUUAGCUGAAUAAUUUAAAUUGGAUUUAGAUUAAUGUAAGUGGAUAAAAUAAUAGGCAUAGAUUUGCUCAUUCUUUUACUUCUAUCGAUGAACGUAUAUUUAUUUUUGGUGGAGCAUCUAAUCAAAGCUAUACUGACUGCGAGUUAUAUGUAUUAGAAAUGAAUUAAUAAGUAGCAAAACAAAAAAAAAGCAACCCAGUAAGAGAUUUUGCUACAAGAUAAAUGUCUCUUGAUAGAUUAGAAGUAGAGGAAAAUAAACAUAUUUCUUAUUUAGAAAGAAAAAUUAAUUUUUCAAAUACCAAUAGAUCUAGCGAAAAUAAAAGCUUUUUAAGACCUCCUUCUAAAAAGUUUUUAAAAAGCUAACCAGAAAGCAUGUUUAUAAGCUUAGACAGUUCAAGAAAAAACUAAAUGUAAACAUCAAAUUCACCUCAAUCAUGUGCUUUAAGUCCAAGGUAAAAGUAGGAAAUGGCACAGAGGCCAAAGCUUCAGUCCCUUUUUUCGCAUUACUUGAGUUGA